CAAGUGGAACAACUAUCAUUCUAUGUGGACCCGUGCCUCAAAGACUAGCCUCGGCCAGACAGCCAAACACAUGUAUGGGACAAACCAUGCAUUGUUCAAUGGAUCCCUCUACUACUAUUCAAGUCAAAAGACCAUUGAGAGAGUCGACUAUAGAACAUGGUCACCAAAAGCAUCGGUGCCGAUUCCCGAGGUAGAGGCCGUGCCAAACUAUAACCGUGGUGGAUACACUUAUGUGGACAUCAACAUAGAUGAAUAUGGACUCUUCAUUGCCUAUAUCCAGAAAGACUGGACAUGGAAAGACAUGCCAAACACAUGCAUAAAUGCUGAAACCUUAACAGCUACAUCAGCAUCAACUCUGGAGGAAUGUAAACAGAAAUGUGUAAAUGAGGGAGGAUUUAGGUGUAUGUCCCUUGACUGGAGUCUCCACCUCAAGCAAUGUAACCUCAAACUGCGUUAUUCUGGGAAUCAUCCUCUUACCUCACCAUGCACCUACACGUAUAACGAGCGAUACUACUACCGCUACAAAUGGCGUACCCGUACUGCAACAGGACACUGGCAUCACUCUGAACGAAAAUUUGCAGAUCCAAAAAGAGCAUCCUACAUCCAAAUUAAACAACUCAACCCGAUUGAUCUGACAGAAAUACGUCAUUGGAGCACUCACGUUGCCAAAAGUAGCAUCAGUAAUUUGUACUUUGU